CGCUAAGUUCAGGCAUCCAGCCCUGCAAAAAGCUCAUGACAGGACAAAAAGCUCAGCAAACAGGACAUAUACAGAUUGGAUGAGAUUUUGGAUGCAUUCCCCUGUGUACAGGGACUGUAGCGGCACCUCCUCACUCUGAUUAAACAAGCUCUCGGUUUAUUGAGAUUGUGCUGAGACUCCACUUGACUGGUUAACCCAGCUGCUGCUUUUUGCCAUGCGGCUGCUCUGCGGUCUGCUGCUGCUGUGCCUGGUGGUCUGGGCAGCCGAGGCACGAAAGGGUGGAAGGGCGCGUCGAGUACGGAGUCGAGACCAUACCACUAAAAGGUUUGCUGCAGACUGCAAGGAAACUUUAGUCAAUGGGGAAAAGUACUUUGACUGCCAAGAGCGCCACUUGACAGCUGUACUACUGGGCUGGCCUGAGGACAUUCACCACCUUCUGCUGGCACGCAAUAGGAUUCAGGUGCUGCGAGACAAUACCUUUAGUCACUUCCGAAACCUAAAAAGCCUUGAUCUCCAGCAGAAUGAAAUCUCCCGCAUUGAUGAUGGAGCAUUUGACGGCCUGAGCAAGCUCACCACUUUAUUGUUGCAACACAACCGUCUGCAGGUGGCGAGCGAAGGCAUGCUGAUCCCAAUGCCACAGCUCAAGUACUUGCGGCUCCAUGAUAAUCCCUGGAGGUGUGACUGCCAGCUGGACAGCCUGGUUAGAUUCAUUCAAGUGCCCAGUAAUCGUAACAUUGGCAAUUAUGCACGCUGUGCAGAGCCUAGGGAAUUCUCAGGGAGGCAACUGAAGAAGCUGGAUGCAGAGAUGCUUUGCUCCCCUGAGCAGGAGAAAGAAGCAAUUUUGGAUCCAGAGAAUCAGCAACUACCGGCUCCCCAAAAAAAGUCUGACGCAACCUCUUUAUGCCACACCUACAUGCAUCCUGUACCCCGCAUGGACUGCAGGAACAGAGAUCUUAAAACUGUGCCGGCUGACAUCCCUCUGGAUAUUGUGAAAUUGGAUUUAUCCAGAAACACCAUCAAGCAACUGAGACAGAAGGAGUUUGUCAACGUUAAAGAGCUUAAGCUCUUGAACCUGAGUGGAAACAGUCUGGAAAGCAUCGACACAGCUGCUUUUACAGGCCUGCUGUACUUGGGAGAACUGGAUCUGUCCAACAAUAGCUUGCGAUAUUUUCAAUAUGGCGUUUUGGAGGACCUGUACUUCCUGAAGAGGCUGUCACUAGGGGACAAUCCCUGGAUUUGUGAUUACAACAUCCAUUACUUGAUCUACUGGCUGAAACAUCACCCUGAUGUAUCCCACACAGGUCUAGUGUGCAGUGAACCAGAAGAGUUUCGUGGUUGGCCGGUAGAAAACUAUGUGAAGACAUACAACGCGGAGUGUCCUAAAGACAAGCAGCUGGGCAACCUUCCUGACACUGACUUGGCAGGCAACACACCUCUUGAGCUCACUGCUGAGAUAGAUGAAGAGGAGGGGCCUAGACCUUACAGAGGGCACAAGAAAUUUGAGAUCAUUCGUCUGAAUUAAACUGUGAUGCUGCUGGGAAUUUUUUCGUUCUUUUAAAAAAAAUGUUGUGAACAAAUGGUUUUCCAAGCAAAAUUCAGACUACAAGAGAGGUGAAACUUUAUCAUGCUGUCACAAUUACAGAUUCUUUCAGUUCAAUCAGAACAGCUGAUGUUUACGUAUUGUGUUUUAUGAGUACUUUUUUAAUUGAAUCAUGAUAAAUAAAAGUACAUAUUGAUUUUUUUUAUUCAUUGAUGAGUUUGAUGUUUGUCCAUUAAAUAUGCACACAAUCACAGAUGUCUAAUAGUUCAGCUAAAAACAAACUAUUUGUUUCCACAAUUUUAGCGUUUCUGAAAUUUGAUUUUAGUAUGUUUAGGAUCUCAAAGUUAUAACAACAUGUACAUUGACAUGAACACAUUUCAUAAACACAAUUACGCUCAGACAACAAUGGUACUAUUUUUCGAAAACUUUAACUUUGAAACCAGUUUUCUAAAGUUUUAAUCUUAAGCCGCUAUUAUAGUAUUGUUUUAAAAAUGAAUGAAAUAUAAAAAGUGUUCCGUGAUAGAUUAAAAGAACUGUCACAUUAAGCCUGUGGUUCCCAAAAUGGGGGGUCGGGACGCCGUGAAGGGUGGUGGAAAAAUGAGGGGGUGUCGCUUGGUCACUUUCAAAAAUCUAAUCCAUUUAAUAAACUAUUAAAGUUACCAUAUUUUAUCCUUAAACUACAAAAUAAUUCUAGAAAAAUAGUAUUUAAUAGUUAAAAAUUAAAACAUUAAAAAACAACAUGCAAAAAAAAAAAAGCCAUCAGCAUUUGGAUUGUUUUUUCCACUUGCGUUAACAACACAUCGAUAGCAACAGUUCCAGAAGAUUGAUUCUACAACACAAUGUUAAACUUUGACACCUUUACGGCACUCACAUACAUUAAAAAAAGGCCACGACUAAACAUGGAGGAUCUCCAAGCGGGAGUCAUCAAAAUUAAACUAAGAAUAGAAUUGUGCUGUAAACAUUGUGCCCACCAGUCUUGUUAAGUGAGGUUAAUAUUAAAUUAAACAAAUAAUGGCCAUAAAAAUGAUAUAGUUGUUAAACUGUUGCAUACUCUAUGCUAGUGUUUAUUUAGGUCUAUUGGAGUUGUGUGCAAAGUUUGUAUGUUUAAAACCACCUCAUAGGAUAGUGGGUCGUGUGUCAGUGGAAUUGUUAUUUAGAAAGUCACAAGCUGAAAACUUUGGAAGCCCCUGAGUUAAGCUACAUGCAACAAUAUUAUUAACAGGUCAUGAAUUGGCUUUUUUAUUACACCUAUUUUUGUCUAAUGUCCACUUUUUACCUUUGGAUGAUUACUUUCAUUAGGCUUUAAUUCCCUGCUUUGUCAGGGGACGCCACAGCAGAAUUUCAUUACCUUUGCAUGGUUACUUUUAAAAACUUCUAAAUCAAUAAGUAAUAUUUUCUACCCAGGGUUUGAGUAUGUCUCAAGAAAAAUGCGUGUUUUUUAUUACUUGUUGAUGUGGUUAUUUCUUUGCUUUUGUUAUUGUGUUACUGAAGUAGCACAUUUAUGGGCCCUUUACUGCAUUCAUUUUAUACAAAUAAUUAAACUGUUGCUUUGUAAAA